ACUGCAUGUGCUGGCGGCUAAAGGUUCACUUCGUCAGCGAGAUUAAGAGAGGAAGGAGUUCAGCGCUAGAUUUAGACCCUGACAGUUGUCCCCCACGUCGGUGAUGUGUACUACAACUUUAAUAGUGUGUUCUACAACAGCGGUGCCCAGCGGACAAUGCUUCAACAAACAUCUCUCACUCACUGCCUACUGUAUCAACGAGCCCGCAGCUGAUCAGCAAUUCAGUUCCCGCCAUUUAUACAGACAGCAGUAACCUCGUGUGUGGUGAAGUGCGUGAGUGAAUCGGAGUGUUUUCGUGAUAGUAAUUUUCAAUUAUUUCACUAUGGUGGAGUUUCUCGUGAGUGCAAUUACUGAUUUUCCAAUUUUUAUAAUCACCCUGAUAUUGGGUGCGACCGUUUUAGUGAUUGUGUACAUAUCGAAUUUAUUUAAGUCUCAGAAAGAAGAACCCGUAAAAAGUGUGUCGAGUGAGGAACGGUCGCAAGUGACCAAAGUUACUUCGAGCGACCAGACAACAGUCAAGACCAAGAAGAAACCAGAGAAAUGGAAUCAGAAGUUGUCUAAACAAACUUUCACCCAUCAAUGGAUGGUUUCCAGUUUGAAAGGUCACUCGGGCCAUGUCACGGACCUUGACUUCAGCUCCAACGGAAAAUUUCUCGUCACCUGCGCAGAAGCAGAUGGCAGUAGCGGAACUUCGAGUGGAAGUGAGGGCAAUAAGGAGAAUAAUCCACGAACACAACCGCUGAGUCGACGACAGAAGAAAAACCGGACGAGAAAAGACGAUGGCUCGCCAGGAACAGUGAAGAAGAAGGAAGUGAUGCGACAACAGCGGCAGAAAACUCCAUCUGAGAUGUCAAAACAGCUGCAGGCGCUCAACAGUUACUCAGAGUACGAGUUGUACAACUGUCUGAGGAACUACACAUUGGGUCCUGCGCAAUUGUUGGAGUUGGGUUUCCCGGUGGAGAGUUCGCUGUACCCCGGCCGAGCGAUGAUCUACAAAGCGUCAGACCCCAGACCGACCCACAGACCUGGCUUUGACGUCAACGCAAGGGAGUUCAUCCCCAAAGAGAACAACUCCUUUUACAUCAACUCACUGAUUGACAAUUCGUACGACUACAAACAAAUCUACGGGAGACCCAAGAUCUUCCGGGAACCACAGGAAACGAGGGCGGAAGAACGUAGGUGUGUAAGAUGCUCGAAAGAGUUCUUCGUUACGAACAAAGGCGAGUAUCUGUCGAACGAGCAUUGUUCAUACCACUGGGGAAAGCUUCAUCCUAAUAAGGAGCACCCCCUUCACUACACUUGCUGCAGAGGUAACCCGUACUCGAAGGGGUGUGCCUCGGGGAAGUUACACGUCUGGAGCGGAAUCUGUGUGGGGAUGAACGGUCCACUGGAGGGGUUCGUAAGAACUCGGCCACGCAAGAAUCCUCCUCCGGACGAACUGCCAGGCAUUUACGGGCUGGACUGCGAGAUGUGUUACACGACGACGGGGCUGGAGUUGGCCAGAGUCACUGUGGUGGCACGUGACGGAAAACUGGUCUACGACUCUCUGGUGCGACCAGAGUCCGACAUCAUCGACUACAACACACGUUUCUCUGGCGUCUCAGCGAAAGACUACAGCAACGGCAAAUGUGCGAAGACGCUACGAGAAGUGCAGAACGACUUGAUGGGUUUCAUCAAGGCAGACACGAUCCUCAUCGGUCACGGGCUCGACAAUGAUCUCAGAGCGUUGAAGAUGAUCCACACUACUUGUGUCGACACUUCCAUCAUCUUCCCUCAUCACUUCGGUCUGCCUUACAGACGUUCGUUAAAGAGUCUCGCGGUGUUCGUUCUUAAAACCUCGAUACAAAACAGUUCGAGCGGACACGACAGUUGUGAAGACGCGAGGACUUGUAUUGGUCUCAUGUUGUAUAGGAUACAAAAAGACUUUCAAGCGGUGUUUAGUGCGUGAUUAGUUUAGGUUAGGUUAAGUUUUCAUCUUGCGAUUUCACUCAUUCGUUUACGGACUCGCUGAUUUUCAUCUAGUGCAUUUUUUACUAGUUCCUUUUAGUUUCGUAUACGGAUACUUUUGUACGAGGCUGUUCAUAAGAUAGUGACUUACCGAUUUUUUGGUAAGGUUUAAGUAUUUUUUAUUUGGGGCGUUGAUUUUGAAGUAAGUUUUGACUUUGUGUUUUGAAGUUUGGUUUGAGAAAGAUGUAACAACUUUGUUGCUGGCGACUGCUGUGUUUACUUUUGUACUGGGAAAUUUGAUAAAAAAUCUUACAAAGAUUGA